GUCGAGACUUGAAGUGUGUGUGUUGUGUGUGUGAGAGAGAGAGCAGGGGGAGGGGAGAGAAGAGGGAAGAGACUUGAAUCUCCUAGAGAGGGAACGAAAGCCCACCACCAUGAACACUUGUCUACCGUCAUCACCUUCCUCCUGGUUUUCUCAUUCGAUUUUUUUCAAGAGAGAGAAAUGGGUUUUCCAUUCUUGCGCCUAGACAAGAAAGAAUGAUAUAUAGAAAAAUGAUAGAAUAAUCAACAACAGUCUGGGAAGCGAAUCACAUGCUCCAGGAAUGGGAAAAUCCGAACAACAGCAGCAGCUGCCUCCGCAGCUAGUUCAUCACGGGACGAGAUCUGUUACUUUCACAUUCUUCAGAGAUAGUUGUUUGUCGGUGUUAUCGAUAAUUCGAAGGGAGUUCAAUUUCAAAUGUCUGUUCAUUUUGAUUUUUGCUUUAGCUGUUUUAGUAUCAACCAUCUUCUGGGUCGUUCCUCUUCACUCGAAUCAUUCCGGUAUUGAUGCUAUCAAUCUUAGUGCAACUGUUCAAGCGCGUUUUGUGCUGGAAAAGCCGGUUUCUACAUUAAUUCCACAUAUUGAUAUACUAGAGUAUGAUAUCAAUAACGAAAUUGGUAUUAUUGGCACAAAGGUUAUUGUUCUUUCCAUGAAUCAAAGAGUUUCAUCUAACAUGACAACUGUUGUGUUCGGAUUUAUAUCAGAUCCUCCUGGUUUUCCAAUAAGUUCAGUGUAUUUAAGUGUUCUGAGAUCGUCUUUAGUACAGCUGUUUCUUCUAGAAUCCAAUUUAACCUUAACAACAAUGUUUGGGAAGACAUCAUUCUUUCAAAUCUUGAAAUUUCCAUGGGAGAUUACUGUUAUUCCUGAGACUUAUGUCCCCUUUAUGGUUCACCCUCAAAUCCUUUUCAAUUUUACAUUGAAUAAUUCAGUUGAUGAGAUUAUGCAACAUCUGGAUGAUCUAAAGAAGCAGUUGAAGUUUGGGCUUCGUCUUAGGCCUUAUGAGAAUGUGGAUGCGAAGAUUACAAAUAUAAAUGGGUCGACCAUCAGUCCCCCAAUUAUAGUUCAAGCUGCUGUAAAAUCUGAUUUGGGGGGUCUUCCUCCACAGAGAUUAAAGCAAUUGGCUCAAACAAUCAUGGGUUCCUCUCCUGCAAAGAAUCUCGGCCUGAACAACACUGUUUUUGGAAAAGUUAAGGAAAUCAGUCUCUCGUCUUAUCUGAACCACUCAAUCAAUGCUACUUCACCUAGUCCUUCACCCGCUCCAUCUCCAGGCCAGAUUGGUUAUGGCCAAACUGCUCCAAAUCGGUCCCCUUUCGCUAAAUCUCAUUCGCCAGCUCACUCGCCUCAAUUCAAGCCUCAUUUUCCAUCUUGUUUGAAAAACUGUGCUCCUUCUCCUAUGCAUGUUCCUCAUUUGCCUUCACCUUCUUCUCCUCCAUCUCUGUCUUCACCUUCACCUUCACCUACACCUUCUCCUUCCCCUUCCCCGAUUCAUGAUUAUCAACCGGGCCCACAUUGCCAAUUUACAACUCCACCACCAAAGCCUGCAAAAGUUUUCCACGCUGUUUCACCUGCUCCUUCAGUUUCUCAGACGCAUGUACAAGCUCCAGCUCCUGCUCCUGCUGUCCCUACAUCUCGUUUCUCGCCAAAUCUAUCUCCUUUACCUUCUGUAGUAUCCUCCUCUAGCAUGAGUCCAAAACAGGGAGAGUAUCCUGAAACUGCACCAGUUUUCUCUCCUUCAUACUCGCCUUUUCCAUCAUCCUUUCCUAUAGCAGGUGGAAGUCCUUGUUACUACUACAUGGAAAUUUGGCGAUGUCUUAGUAUUUGUGGGUUCUUAAUGUUCCAUCUCCUAUGUUGGUCACAUCGAUAAAACCAAAACUCCUCCUCCUAUGUAUGCUUUUGUACAGAAAAAAAACACGAAAAGGAGAAGUUGGUUUUACUCUGAUGGGUUGCCCCUUUUCUCUGGUCUGGUAUGGUCUGGCCAGAGGUGUUGGAAUUCAAUCUGGUCAGUGUAGAAGAAGAAGAGGGUAAGACCGAUAUAAGUUAACUCCAAGAGUGGAAUGUAGAGGUCAAAGCCAAAAAGAAAAUGAAAGAGAUUGGCAGGCCACUUUUUUUCCUUUUUUUUUUCUUUUUUUUUUCUUCUACAUGUUCUCUCUAUAACUUGUCAUGUGAAGCUGGGUGAAUUUCCCAAAAGUGUAAAAAUGAAACUUUGCAUUAUUUCAAGUAGAAGAAGAAAAAGAAGAAGCAGUCUCUCUAUUUUUUUAUGA